AUGGCUGAAAAACCAAAGAAGGUUGUAAAAUGGCGCAUCAAGAAAGCAGAUGUGUUUACAAUAUGGGAUUGGGGAAACAACAGUGCGAGAUGUUUUAAAGCAAAAAGAAAAGUUAUUGGCUUUUGCAACAGUUUCAAACAGUGUUUUUGGAAUGAAAAAACGAAAAACAAUGAAGAAAUCCACGUAGACGCGGCAUUAGCGGAGAGGCUAGCUCAAGAGCGAAGUGAAGGCACUCCUGUAUCCGGUCCUAACAUUGCAGCUAAAGCAAAAGUCUUCUUUGAUUUGUUAGAACUGGAAGGAAAUUUUGAUGCAUCGUCCGGUUGGUUACAUCGUUUUAAGAAACGUUAUGGAAUUAGGGAGAUAGGUCUUCAUGGGGAAAAGCUGAGCGGUGAUCAACAAGCAGCUGACGAGUUUCAACGUGAUUUUGAAAAGUUUGUAAUGUCAGAAGAUUUGUCACCAGAACAAAUUUAUAAUGCUGAUGAAUCAGGGCUUUUUUGGAAGUGUCUUCCCACUCACACUUUAGCAUUUGAAAGUGAACAUAAAGCGGCAGGACACAAAAGUAGCAAGGAAAGAAUCACAAUCUUGCCAUGCAGCAAUGCUGCAGGUACCCACAAACUGAAACUUCUUGUAAUCGGUAAAUCUAAGAAACCAAGGUCUUUUAAGGGGACAAGAGCAGACAAUUUACCAGUCGAUUAUUUCAAUCAAAAAAAAAGGUUGGAUGAACCAGCAGAUUUUUCAAGAAUGGUUCCUUGA